GCUUUGGAUUUCGAGUCUACGGAAAACGGCGAUGGCGGUUAGCCUGGCAUGGUGGCCAUGUGCAUGAGCAAAGCUGCGCGUCCACUUGAGCUGGGAUGGCCAGCAAGGUUUUAGGCCCCAGCGAGCGCGUGAGCGGCAACACUUCACCAUCGGGAAGCGCCAGCAGCCGAGUUUCCUCGCCCAAAUCCGCCAAGGCAUCUGCCAAGCUGAGCUCUGAAGGAGUCAGUCCAAAGGCAAAGGCCUCACCGGAGAAAGCGAAAGCCAAGGGUGAAGCCAAGAAACCAGCAGAGAAGGCAAAGCCGAAGAGCCGGAGCGGCAAGACCAAAAAGGACGGCAAGGAGCAGGAAGACUUUGCUACUUUGAUCCCCCCCGGCACCGCCUUUGCCGCGCUGGGCUGCCUUAGAGAUGUGGCUGAAAAUGUGGACGCCCAGCUCGAGCUCAUGAUUGAGAAGCUGGAGCUGUGCUGUGAACUCUUCGACUUUGCAAAGGACGACAGAAUGCAAGAAAAAGAUGGGAAGCGCUUCACACUCCUCGAGAUUUUGGCCCAUUGGCCAGGAGGGGAGAAGCCCGAGAAGGAAGACCUGACGAAGCCGACGAAGAAGAGCAGCAGGAUCCAGAGCAGCGACGAGGCAUGCAACUCCGCAACCCUCGUGAGCAGCUGUGGCACCGAGUCUUCCGAGCUCUCCGGCAGGCACAGCAGCCAACUGUUCAAUUCCGCGGUGAAGAUGAUCCGUGCCAAUGCGUUUCGCACGCAGUUGCACAAAGAUCGCACCCCCAUGGAUCUUCUGGACGGCGAUGACGACGAGCCUCUGCUGGAGCCCACCUGGCCCCACUUGGAGCUCGUCUACGAGCUGCUUUUGAAGAUUGUGCAGACAAAGGAUCUGGACAUCGCAGCUCUGCAGGGUGCAGGUUUUGACAAGGGCUUCGUCACCGUGCUGGUGGACUUGAUGGAGUCGGAUGACCCUCGCGAGCGGGAAAUGCUGAAGAACAUCCUGCUGAAGAUCUUCAGCAAGCUCAGCAACUUCCGCUCCACCGUGCGGCGAGGCAUCCAGAGCUUCUGCCAACGGGCGGUGACCCUGGAAGUCACGGAGGCGCCGCAGUGCGGUCUCUGCGAGUUGCUGGAGAUCUUUGGGCAGCGCAUCGUGGGGAGCUUCAACACACCGCUGAGGAAAGAGCACCGAGACGUACUCUCUGAGGUGCUUUUGCCCCUGUACAAGCUGGACUUCUUGUCCUUCUUCUACUCUCAGCUCAAGGAGGUGGUGCGGAGCUUCUGCAAGAAGGAGCCGGCUUUGACCAAGGCUGUGGCCUCGGCGCUCUUGCGCUACUGGCCUCAGUGCGCCAGUUCAAAGCAGACCAUCUUCUUGGGGGAGCUGGAGGACAUGAUCCACCAGAUGCCCACCCAAGAGUUCAAAUCCAUCGCGGUGAAGGUCUCUCAACGCCUUGCGCAGUGCUGCACCUCACCGCACUCGGAGGUUGCUGAGAAGGCGCUGGGCAUCUGGAGACACCAGCAGACAGUAAGACAGACAGUGCAACACAGUCGUGAGGAGAUGCCUAUGGUCCUCAGCAACCUGUACACCAACGUGACACAGGCGUGGGGUCAGAAUGUCAUGUCCAAGACGCUGGACGUGCUGAAGAAUUUCAUGGAGGCAGACAAAGAGCUCUUCGACAGCUGCUCCUCGAAGCAUCGGAAACAGGCGGAUGAGGCUGAGAAGAAGGAUUCCCAGAGGAGGGACCGCUGGGCCAUGCUGCAAGCGAUGCACGACCGCUCGCGGCCCGCAGCUUUGGCAAGGCCGACCAGGACAGAGGUGAAGUCCUCCAGCGGCAGGCAGCAGCUGCCCACCAACGAGGAGGUGAUGCUGAAGCCAGACUGCAGCUGUGCCGUAGCAUUGUGCUGGGAUUGGGCCUCUGAGCCCAAGAAGGAGCAGCUCGUGCUGCAGGCCUUUAUGGUCAACACUGAUGGCAAGAUCGUGGAUUCUGUCCAUCAUCAGAACGUCACCGCUUUCCAGUCAGCAGUGCGAUUGACUGCCCGCGCACCUGCCCAGAAUAGCAGGGACACUUGCAGCGGCACCAUUUGGGCGUCACUGGACUUGCUGCCGGUGGACGUGGCCAUGGUGAUCUAUGUGGUCACCUCUUCCAUGGGAUCUUCCCUAGGGAGCCUUGCUCAGAGCUUGGCGCUGGUCGUCGACAUGAAUGGCAACGUCUCCCUUGGUGAGGCGUGCGCAGAGGUCACCUCUGAAGCCAAGCUCUGCUGCCUGGGUAUGCUGAAGCGCCUGGACUGGAGCAGCUGGAGCUGGGUCACCAAGACGGAGUGGAGCAAGUACCGUCACUUUAUGGAUCACCAAGACCUCGCUGGCAAAGUCGUCAAAGAGGUGCUGCCCCUGGUGCCGAAGAAGCAGAGAGGGCAGACCUCCUAUGUAGCGAUGGCAAAGGGCUCUGUCGCAGACUGCCCAGCUUUGCCCGCCACGUUACCAGGCUCCCGCGUCUUCAUGGGCCUCGGAUGGGAUUUCUACACGGAGGCCACCACCAGGAUUGAUGUGGCCGUCGUGUUGUUCGCCGCGGAUGGGACUCACAUCGCUACGGUCUCCAAAGGAGGCGACAGCGUGAAUGGCAGCUUUCACACCGGCGAGGGUGCGCUGUCUUCGGGGGUCUUUAUGGAGUUGGACUCCCUGCCGAGAGAGGUGAGUAUGGCUUUCCUGGUGGGGCACAUUGAAAGCGAGGACUUCAACUUCUCGAUGGUCCAGCAACCGCAUUGUACAGUCAUUGACUCCGGGGGCAAGGAGAUCCUUCGCUACUUUAUGCAGGAGGACAAGAAGAAUUCCGGCACCAACAGAGGGCUGAUCAUGGCCCGGCUUUUCUGGAACCAGUUCCACGAGCGGUGGUCUUGUCAGGCGCUUGGCAUCUACCACCAGAGCCGCUGCUGGCCGGAUUCAGUGGAGGAGAUGCAGCGCUUGGUGUCCAUGGCCCCGAGCAGCUUCCAGACCUUGCUGCUGGAGGAUGAGGAUUCAGUCACCAGAGGUGAUCAUCGCUCAACAACAGCAGCAAGUUCAACGGCAACGAGCGUCGUUAUGUCUCUGUGAGACCCAACGAGUGCCGUGCUGUGUCCUCUCACAGCGCUCGUUGGGGUUGGUUUCACCGUCUCAAAACGCCAGGGGUUUGGAGGUCGGAGGUGUUUUCACCUCCUGACCCCAGAAUGACCGCCGGCGAUUGCCCAGGGUGGGGCAUUUUGUGAC